AUGCUCGCAACACCCCCAGCAGGGGCCCAGCCACACGGCGAACCACAAAGCCCCGCGGCCGCGGCGCUGGGCACGGAGCGGGGCGGGGCGGGGAAAAAGACUGGGGGCCCAAACACCCCGAGACUCGCUUUCUUCCGCGGCUCGCGAUGUCGCCCAGCUACCUCCCCGGCCUGCCCCCACCCUGCGCCCGGCGCGGAGGCUGGCAGACGCUCAUCCUUCGCGCGGAAGAGGCCGGGGGAACGGAAGGGGGAGAGGCGCACUGGUGCUGAGGAAGCGCCCGGCCCGGACGGCAGAGCUGUGAAUGAGCCCACGCAGGGCGAGUGCAGAAUUUGCUCCAGGCAGCAGCUGGUGGCUCGGCACGGUGCAGGGGCGGAGCCCGCCGCCCGGGACGGCCCGCCCCGCUCCUCUCCAGCACCUUUACAAAGGAUGGAGCUGCGGACCCCGAAGGCCGGUCCUGCUGGGGGAGGGGAGACCGCGGCCCCCUCCUGCUCCUUCCCCGGGGACGUGCGUCCUGCGCUCUUUCAUUGUUCCUUUCUCCUGCCAUGUUGACCUUGAUACGGAGUGAAGGAUGCUUAUUUGAAUUUUGAAACAAGAUCCCCACCCCCAUUUUAAUCUUCCCACUGCCAGAAGCAGCUGAGAUAGUGGGUUCUCCCCCCAUUUAAACCAUAUAAACCGAUGAGUUCAGUUAUAAUAACAACAAGAAGAAACACUCAUAUUUUUCAAAUAUUUUAAGAUAAUUGGAAAAAUCAGCCCAAACUUAAAAAUAAGAGGAAGGCGCAUGGCUGUUAGGGUCACAGACGGACUGUUUGGCGGGUCCGCCCAAGGGUAGUUCAUGCUUCCCUGUGCCUCACGUUAUUGACUCACUCAGACAUGGUGACCUUACACAUUAAGCUUGCACGUCCUACCCCGUCUAUCCAACAGAAAACGCAGUGUCGGCGUUUAAGGUUUUCUCCUAGUGUAGGAUUUACCCAGUUUUGCAUCUCACCCAACUAAAAUUCUUUCUAAUGCCUGUAAAUACUCAAAUCUCCAAAAAUGUUCCUCCAGCCAUCUUCACCACGUGUACAGUGUCCCUCACUCAUAGAUGAACAGGUCUCUGAUGACUGCAUUCUUGGGAGGGUCCUGCUUUUAACCUUCAAAAGUUAUACUUUGAAAAACCAAAAUUGAAUUUUCAAGGAAAAAUGGGUUUCAUUAAAGCUCUUUACAAUCUUAUUUUAAUCUCUUCAGAUAAAAUAAAAGACCAAUGUGAUCGUU